UGCUGGCUGACCAGCAGAGUUCCUCUCACUCUUUCCUACAUUGCCUGAUGGAGUCUGUGGGAGCACUGGACAGCCCCACUGGGGCCAGCUCCAAACUUCUGAGCUUGCCGGCACCCUUCCCUUGGGAUGAGGACGAGGAGUCACUUGGUCUGGGAGGCAUCAAGCCCAACUCUUCACCCAUACCGAGGCGGCGAAGUUCAGUGUCUUCUGAUGACUCCCAACCACCCCCUUCCAGUAGCCGAAGAGUGUCCUUUGCUGAUGCCUUUGGUUUAAGUCUUGUCUCAGUGAAACAGUUUGACGCCUGGGCAGCAACUGCACCAUCAGGCUGUCUGGAGAGAGACUUGAGUGAAGCUAAGGAGUAUUACAUGUUUCUUCUCUGUACUCUUCCACAGACAGCUGAGGAGCUGGCCUUGCGGACUCAUGAACAGAAGCUAGAACUAGAGAGUCUGGAGUUGCUUCCUGGGACCACAACACUUAAAGGAAUAAUUCGGGUGCUAAACCUGAGUUUUGAUAAGAUGGUCUAUGUACGUACCUCCUUAGAUUCGUGGAGGAGUCAUUUUGAUCUGUUGGCUGAGUACGUUCCUGGUUCAAGUAAUGGGGAGACUGAUUGUUUCUCCUUCAAGCUUACACUGGUUCCUCCAUUUGGAGAAGAUGGCACGAGGGUUGACUUCUGUUUGCGAUAUGAAACAUCUUUGGGGACGUUUUGGAAUAAUAAUAAUGAAAAAAACUAUGCUUUUUUUUGCUACGAAAAAGCAAAGGAGAAACCCUGUGAACCCUGUGACAGUGAAAACAAAAGAAAAGGCUGUCUGAAAACAACCAGCUCAAAUGUCACUGCUUUGGCUGAAGCUACAACGAAUAACGAGGAAUUUCCUGAUAUAAAUAUAAAUUCUGGAAAGGCCACUAACCCUCCAUCUCAAAAUGCAAAUUCUGAGAAAAUCCAAAAGGAAAGCAAGGAAUUAGAGGAAGACAUGAGCAGAAUCCGUGACAGAAGGAACAGAAGAAAGGCUGCGCGGUUAGCAAAAGUCAAGGAGCAAUUUGCAAAGAGAGAAGAAGAGAAGAAACAAGGGACCAAGGCAAAAGAGAGUGAAGUGAAAGAAGAGACCAAUGUGCAGGAACAUGCAUCAAUGCUGGUGAAGACACCAUGGAGCCCUCUAUCACAGCAAACAACAGAAGUACCACUGACAAGCAACCAAACAUCACUUUCACCAGCUGAGUGCCUCAAAUUAGCUGAGCAUAGUGGAGAUUCCACUGAUGUUUUCAGCCGACAAGCUCAAGCACAACCUGAGAAAGACACCAUAAUCCACUUUGAGACAAAUCUGUCCAGAGCACAUGCAAAUUCAUCCCUGGAAGACACAUGUUGUGAUAAAUUAAUGGCAUGCUCUGCUUCAGAAGUACUGGAAGAUAUCCAAAAUAUUGAAAACCUUUGUAACCAAACAGUUUCAAUCAAUCAGCAUGUUCCUGGAUGCCAAAAUUCUGACUUGGCAAUUAGCAAGAAUUUUAAAAGGGCAUGGGAGAACUUUGAACAGGAUUUCAGAAGUUUGGCACAUAUCUCUAAGAUAGAUGAGGAUUCAAAUAUCAGUGAUGGGAAAGCAGAACAUAGAGAAAAUUUGACUUUGAAAACUAGCAACUCAGAGAAUCAGCUGUUUUCCCAUGGCUUAACAUUUGGUACCAUUGUAGCCCCACUUUAUCAUCAGGUUUUCAAAAAAAUGGAAUCCGAGAGGAAAGACAUGCACAGAGCAUUUCAAGUCAACCCUUCAUUUAGGGAACUGGAGGAUGAGAGUCAAAGAGCGGUUAUGCCCUCUGAGAGCUAUUAUGCUCCCAUGAGACACACUGCAGAAAUUUGUCCAGAGCCAGUACAUGAUGUUACAGUUGACGUCUGCAGUGAAUCAACAGCACAAAACUUAAUAAACAAAGUGAAGCCAAUUAAAAAUCCUCUUUUUGAGUCAAAUAAAGGAAAACUUGUUGAGAAAACAGAUGAUUCUACCAGUGGUAUAAGAGAGUGCCCAAUAGAAAUUACUGAAACAAACCUUCUUUCAAAAGCAAUAGCCGUACAACCAGACAUUUCUUUAGACAGUAAACCUCCUCAAGGAGAAGUCUUAUCAGUAUGCACACUUGCUCUGACAGAAUUAUCCCUCCAGGAUGAUUCUCACCACAGUUUAAUACCCCUACUAGAAACAGAUCCUUAUGACGUAAUACAUAAAACAAUGGAUUCCGGUAUUCACAGCUUAUCUGAACAAGCCCCUCAUUUACCGCCUACAAUGAUUCUGAAACCUUUAUUAUUUCUGGAAAACCAGAGCUUUGCCACCAAAAUUGAAGUGUUACAAAAUCAGGAGAACUCUACAAAUACUCAAAUCCACACCAAACGGGAGGAUAUAACUUUACAAACCCAAAUGCCCAAUGCCAUUAACAACAACCUGCCUCUGAACAUAAGCAAACAGUUUCUUAAGGAAAGUCACAUCCUUACAUCUGAAAAUAUUUCCUUUGUUGCGCCACAAAAUCAGACUGAUUUGAACCCUUCCCUAACUAAAACUCAACCACACAUUACAUCCACUCUGAACCAAAGACCAGAAGUAACACCUAGCCUGAAUCCCAUUUCAGGGAAGUCUGUUGAGAUCCCUAAUUUCUCUGCCACUUCUACAGUGCAUAAGCAUUCAAACAGUACUUCUUUUAGUCUGCCCGAAUCUCCUGAAGAUCCCCAAAUGCUCCAGACUUCAGGCAUCAUCUUAGAUUCCUCUGAUGAAAAAUUAGAGCCUGUAUACUGUGAAAAACUUGAAAAAUAUUCUCACAGUGGAAUCGAAACAGAACCAUAUACAGAAUCAGAAAACUCACAGAUAAUUAUGAGCAAUGCUUUGGAGAGCUACCAAAUGAAUGAAAAGAAACAAAUGCUCAUGGAUUUUUCUACACUGACCCCAGAGACUGAGAGCUCCAGUAUAAUUGAUGGCACAAAUAACUUUGAUGAAAAACAUAAUGACACAUCUUUAAUUAAAGUGAUGGACAAAAUUGACAACAUACGGAAAGAGGAAUUAUGCCAGAUUUCAGAAGGUCUUGAAGUGCGAAAUGAACUUAAAAUAAUGCAGACAGAGAAGCAGGGACAAGAAGAAGAAAAUGAUGAGGAUGAAGAAGAGGAACAAGAAGAUACAGAAGCAAAAGAAAAUGAGGAAAUAAAUAGCAUUGAAGAAGAGAUAAAAUACAUAGACGAUGAAGAGGACAUGGAUAUGGACAAAAUGGCAGCUGAGCGAGAACAAAAUCAACAAAUCAAUGCUGUUGAUAAACAAUCACUUGAAAAGAAAUUUGAGAAGCAGAAGCUGGUCAUUAAAACCUGUAAUGUUGAAUUAUUACCACCAAUUCGUAUUGACUUAGAUGAGAUCGAAGGGCAGCAAUGCACAGGUGAAAGUCAAGGUGAUGGUGAGUACUCCGAAAGAGAGGACAGUCACUACAAAAGUGGAGUAGAGAUAGAUGAGGAAAUGGGUCAAGCCUGUCAAGCAUCAACAAAAAAUACUGUAACCAGUAGAGGUAUACAAGCUAAAAAUAAUGAUUGGGACCUCUUAGAAUUUAUUGAUAAAGAAGAUGACUUGUGCUGUGAAAGUAAGAAACUUCAGCAUGAGCAGGAAUCUGCAGAUGAUGUGAACAAUAUGUUGGUAGACAUGGAAUUUGUGCCAAAAGAUUCCAUGAACAGAGAUAUUGAGGCGGAUGUUGAGGAAAAUGCUUCCACAGAAUCUCUAAUCGAUGAUGAGAUGGAGCUGUACCUUCAUAGUCUGAGGAAUUCACAACAGUCAGUUUUCAGAGAAGGCAUGAUGAAUGGAAUCUACUGUAAAAGACCCUCUGUGAGCAGAGGAAUGUCAAGGUCAUUAGCUAUGCCUGCAAUUUCAGAGUCUGUGGACGAAGACCAGCUAAAUAGUUCCCUUGAGGAUGUAACAAAUAUUGAGGACAUAAUGGAGCUGGAGAGAGCUACACUGCCCCUUGUGGAUAGGAAUGAACAUGUCAUUGGGCGUAAUGUCCUGUGGUGGAAAGAGUUCCUCUCCUAUGAUAACAUGUCAAGGGUCAUUGUGUACACUUUUUUGUUGAUAGUGUUUUUGGUCACAGCAUUUUAUUAUGACUUCAUAGCAUGCUUUGCCCUAUAUCUUCUUACGUUGUUUUGGCUAUUCUGUCAAGGGGAGGGGGAACCUUUGAAAAGCUCUCGGAGAGCUGAGAGAGGACCGCAGUAGAUAUUUUCAGAGGCAGAUCUGUGGACGUGAAUCUAAAUACAUUUUUGUUCAAAAAAAUUGGAUUACUUGGGGGUCUUUAUAUACAUUUUUAUAAUGCCAAAGUAGUUAUUAUAUUUCAUGGCAACUAUUAGCAGACUAUUAGCCAUUUGACUGCUAGUUCAUAUUUCAUGUAGCACAACAUUAGAUUAUCAGAAUGGCGCGUUUACACUAUCAGGCCAGUGCGAGCCAUGGCUAUCAACUGGUUAGCCGUGGCCAACAGCCUCGGACCUUGAGACCAAAUUUGAUCUGCAUUCACACUAUUGGGCCAAUAGCCCCACAGAUUUGCCCUAAAACUCACCCUUAAUAUGCAGCCCUGGUGUCAACGUCACACAAACCAAAUCUGUGGGGCUAUUGGCCCAAUAGUGGGAAUGCAGAUCAAUGCAGAUCAAAUUUGGAGUGGUGGUGGCGUAGUGGCUAAAGCACAGGGCUGUUAAUCAGAAGGUCACAGAUUGGAACCCCAUGGCCACCACCAUUGUGCCCUUGAGCAAGGCACUUAACUCGAGGUUGUUCCGGGGGGAUUGUCCCUGUAAUAAUUGCACUGUAAGUCGCUUUGGAUAAAAGCGUCUGCCAAAUGCAUAAAUGUAAAUGUAAAUGUAAACCGCCCAUUUCACAAGCAAGAGAGAAACUCGAGCUGAGGUGUCAGACUCUGGAGACAAACUAGUCCUUGAAAUGAACAAGGAAUUGUACUGUGCCCGUAAUUUCUUUUUAAUUGUUCCCAAACCCCUACCAUUGUGCGCUGGAUACACAACUCGGCAAGUACAGCGACAAUAUACUAAAUCACAUCCUAGAUUUGACAGAAGUCGUCGAUCGGACAUUGCACAUUUUCAUCAUCCUAAAUAUUCAGAAGAGCUCUGAUUUUAUCUACUUACCAAUACUGACGAUACUCCAUUUUCCAUUGAUUUGUUGAGGUAAGCUGGUAGCUAGAUGAAAAAUUGGGAAAUUAGUAACUUGAGGCUAAAACCUCUGACCUGACUCAGAGAAACUGCAACUUUGACACAGACCCCACCUCAAUCCACAGUUGGCCUUCUUUGGCCCAAUGGUUAUCGGCGGGCCAGGGUGCUUGGUGUUUGUCCCGAGGAAGCCCUGAGGAUGCACGAUGAAGCCCCGGAAGUGACAGUGGGAAUACAACUCACCCUGGCACACACUAGCACGCCCUCCUUUGGCCUGAUAGUGGAAAUGCAGCUAAUGUGGGAUUGUGAGAACAUUUUUCCCAUAACACAAUGUUUGCCAUUAUAAAAAAAAUUGUCAUUAGGUAUAUUUCCCUGGUGUAUGGCCAAAUUACAGUUGAUCAUACUGAGAGGGACAGGGUUGGCAGGGUUACUUUUAUAAUGUAUUCCACCACAGAUUACAGAAUACGUGCUGCAAAAUUUUAUUUGUAAUGUAUUCCAUAAAAUUACUCAAGGUCAGUAACGUAAUCUAAAUACUUUGGAUUUGAUAGAUUUUUUCACUUGUUUUGACUGUAAAAAAAUCUGCCAUUACAGUAAGAAAAAUACAUUCUCUGAAAAACCUAAAUAUCUUAUGCAGUGUUGCUUUUAAAACAAGAUUAAAGCAAACUGAUUGUGUUUUAAGGAUUCUCAUCAAGAAUAAGAAUUUUGUCCUAAUGUUAAAGGUCUUACAAGAAAGAAAAAAAUAUAAACUAAUGUUUAUUUUCUUGAUAAAAUAAAAUACGACCGUGCUUGGUAACAAGUGCAUGUACAAUGGAAUGCUUAGAUUAACAAUUGCCAACAAAAGCCUUCAUCAGCCAACUAACAAGAACAAUUGCAUCUAGGUGAACUUCUGCAGUUAAUCCAGGAAGGACUUCAAAGACACUGGUCAUUAAUCUUACAGUUCAUACAAAAUCAAUAUUUAAACACUGACCCUUAACACUUACUUAGUUUAAUAAUUUUAAACCAUGACUUUAACUAUACAUAAGUAAUAUUUACAUUAUAUUCAUGAUUUAGCCAGAGGGGAACUGGCCCCCACAGUGAGUCUGGUUUCUCCCAAGGUUAUUUUUCUCCAUUAAUCAACAUCUUAUGGAGUUUUGUGUUCCUUGCCACAGUCGCCUUCAGCUUGCUCACUGGGGUUAUUAAUACAAUUAUUAAUUAUUUACUUAUUUUUAAACACGAUUAAUAAUUGUAAUUUAUCUAAUUACACAAUGAUGACUCAUCGACAUUAUAGACAUUACAGUUUUAUCGUCUGUUAAUGCCUGAUCUUCUGUAAAGCUGCUUUGAAACAAUCUGAGUUGUGAAAGGCGCUAUACAAAUAAAAUUAACUUGACUUGACUAAAAUGGCUGGAAAGAGCAUUUUAGCUUAUCAUAAAGAUACAUUUUCACAUGACAAUUUACACAAGGUUUAUUUCUUCAAACUUCUCUGUCUGCUGGUAUGAAUGUAACACAUCAUAAGAAAGUGUUUCACCGCUGUUCAAACACUCUUUGUAUCGCAUCAUUUUUAUGGAUAAAUAUUUUCCAACUGAAUAGACAAAAUAUUAAAUGAAACAAAUGACAAUAAAAUGCAAAGUAAUCUCUUCAGUAAUUAAAAUACUUUUUGAAUGUAACUGUAUUCUGAUUACCAACAGAACCAUUUAAAUUGUAACUGUAGUGGAAUUUUACUAAUUCCACUAGUUACUAAUAUUUUGUAUUUUAAAUACGUAAUCCUGUUACAUGUAUUCCGUUACUCCCCAACCCUGGCGACCCUGACAAAGUCUAUACAUGUAGUAAUGGUGAGGUUAUAUGCUAAUGGUGCCUGGUACAGCAAUGUUUAAAGGACUUUUGGAUGAGUUGAAUAGUUGAAGUUCAAUAUAUUACAGAGGAUUAGUUUAGGAAAAGGAUAAUAUGACUAUAACACUGACAUACUUUUAUGUUUUGCUUUAAGUACCUGACAAGUAGAUUACCGAUUGUAUUUUAAUUUAUACAUAUAAAACAUAAAAAAAAUAUUUGUUUCUACAGGUAAAAGAUUAACAUUACAAUUUACACCAAGAUCCAUUUUCUUUAUAUUGAAAACGUUGAUGCUUAUGUCUAUGUACAGUAGAUAAAUUUAGGCAAAAGGACAUUAUGAUAAAUGUCCCAGUAAUAUCUAUGAUAAUAAUUAUUUGCCAUAUAGUAUGCUAUUUUUGUUGCAAUUAUAAUAAAAUACAAAUAAAAAUCA